CGAAAAACUUGCGAUUUGUGCGUCCAUCCAUCCAUCGGUCGAUCCAUCAGUGGCGGACACACCACACCACACAUAGCCGGCCGGCCAGACGGCCGUCGUUCUGCCUGCCGGCGACAUCAGCUACACCUACACACACCGGGACCGGCCUCUACGGGAGUGCGUCGAUCCAUUCGUCAAUCUGGAGGGAUGGAUGGAUGGAUGCCAUCGAUCGACCUAUCUAUCUAUCCACACGCGAUAUCUAAAGAAAAGGACGAUGGUCAUCCCUUCUGCUGCCCCUCUCCCUCUCCCUGGCCCUGGCCCUGUUGCUGCUGCUGGUCCUGGUCCUGCUGUUCCUUGUCGUGCCUCUCCUUGAUGUGUCGCUCCUUGUCUUCGUCUGACGGCUGGGGCGCCAGCAGCACCAAACAGCUGUAUGCCGGGAUGUCGAGGGCUAUGGAGGCGUGCCAACCCCACACGCCACCCACGUCGGCGUGCACCUUGGCCUGGUUGCCUGAUUGACCGACCGAGAUGGAUGGAUGGAUUGAUGGAUGGGUGGGUGUACGUAGCGCUUUGCGUACCGGGCCCCUUCAUGGUGCCGCCGUACUUCCAGUCGUCCGAGUUGAGAAGCACCUCCCACUCGCCGCCAUGUGGGACACCCAGCCGGUAGCCGCCGUGCGUCCACCCUGCACAAAGACACACACGUGCAUUGGAUGGGGGGGUGGGUGUGCGGCAGUGAGGUGGGAAGGGUACCCACCAGAGAAAUUGCAGAUGACGAGGACGUCGUUCCACCAGUACUGCCACUUGCGCAGGAAUGCCACCGUCAUCGCUGAGGCGUUGUCGCAGUCAACCCACUGACACACACAAACAUAGACGCCAGAGAGAGAGAGAAAGAGAGAGAGAGCGCCAGCAUGACACACACCUACAUGUGCUCCUCCCUCCCUCCCUCCCUCGCUCGCUGACCUGGAAGCACUCCCCGUCGUCGUCUCCGGCGUGUAGGGCGGGUUGGGUUCUGUAGGUGCCCAUGAGGUCGCUGACCCAGAUGCAGCACUUGCUCCGGAGGUCCUCCUCGCCCUCGUGCCAGUCCACGCUCUUGCUCUCCCUCCACUCACGGCCCAUCGCUAUCUCGCCGCCCAUGAACAGCAGCGGCCGGCCCGGCUGGCCCACCUGAUACCCGUACAAAGCCCUGCAACCAUCCAUCCAUCCAUACUUGACACACACAGGGCAGGGGGCGGGGCGGGGCGGGGAGGGGGCGAGAUGAGGGGGGAAAGGUGUGUGUGUGGGUGACCUUAGGGUUUUGAUGCGGUCUUCGUAGGGUGCGGUGCCGAAGCAGGCGCACUUGUCUAGGAGGGAGCCUUUGCCGCUGACCACCUCGUCGUGGCUGCAAGGACGGACGGAUGGAUGGACGGAUGGAUGGAUGGAUGUGUGUGUCUGUGUGUGUGUGUGUUGAUGGCCCACCUGAGUGGGAGUAUCCACUUCUCAUGACGGUAGUACAGACCCCUGCACACACACACACGGAUGGACACACAUGCCUGGAUGGAUGGAUGGAUGGUCCGUCCGUCUCUCCCUCUCCCUCCCUCUCUCUCUCCCUCUCUCUCUCUCUCUGUGUGUGUGUGUGUGUGUGUGCGUACCUGAAUGUGAGUUUGUUGUGCUGCCCCGGGCGCUCGUUGUAUGGCGUGGUGAGGUACUUGAGUGUGUCGUUCAUCCAGCCCAGGUCCCACUUGUAGUCGAACCCCAGCCCCGGGUUGCCCUCCUUGCGCGUCACGUUCUCCCACGCCGUCGACUCCUCGGCCAUCAUCACCACACCCGGCCACUCCUCAUGCACCACCCAGUUCAUCUCCUAGUAAAAUAAAAAAGAAAAAAAAAGAGAGACAGACAGACAGACCACACACACAUCGAGAAACACACACACCUUUUGUGUGGGUGGCUUGGGGUGGGUUGGGGGGCUGACCUGGAGGAGAGAGAUUGCCUGGAGGUUGGAGUCUCCGCCGUACUCGUUGGGCAGCCACUGGCCGGCGGGGCGCAUGUGGUUCUUGUAGAUCAUGCUAGUCACGGCGUCGAUCCGCAGCCCGUCGACGUGGUACCGACGCAGCCAGUGGUACGCCGCCCCAAGCAGAAAGGAGCGCACCUGACGCAACCACCCACACACACAUGCUUCAUGGUGCUGAUAUAUGGCAUCCCACACCCAGCCCCACCGAGUCAGCCCACCUCAUGUCGGCCAAAGUUGAAGACCCCAGUGCCCCAUUCCUUGUGCUCGCCCUCUCGGGGGUCGCUGUACUCGUAGGCCGCCGACCCGUCGUACCAGGUCACGGCCCAGGCGUCUUUGCAGAAGUGAGCGGGGACCAGGUCGAGGAACACGCCGAUGCCCGCCUCGUGGAGGGCGUUGAUGAGGUGCUUGAGGUCGUCGGCGGAGCCCAGACGGCUGUAGGGGGCGUACUGACCCGUCACCUGCAGGGAAAAGGGAUACGGACGGACAAGUGCGCGCGUGUGUGUGUGUGUGUGUGUUGCCAGACGGACGCGCGAACGCACCUACCUGGUAGCCCCAGGACCCUGCACACACACACACACACACACAUGCAUCCCACAAGCGCUUCAUGCUUGGAUGGAUAGAUGGAUGGCUGGAUGGCAGGGGUUUCGCCGACCUGACCUUCAAAGGGGUGGUGUGAGAGUGGCAUGAACUCUACGUGUGUGAAGUUAAUGGCCUUGAGGUGCGACACCAGCCGGGGGGCGAUCUCGCGGUAGCUCAAAUAACGCCCGUCCUCGCCACGCAUCCACGACGGCAAAUGCACCUACACACACACACACACACACACUCACACACACUCCAACACUCCAACACUUGGUUUGUUGGAGUGUGUGUGUGUGUGUGUUGGGUGAGGGUACCCUACCUCGUAGAUGGACACGGGCUGCUGGUUGACGACUCCCUUGCGGCCGAGCUCCGCCCUUCGCGCCAUCCACUCGGCAUCGGUCCACUCGAAGGCCUCCGAGGCGGGACGGUAGCUGCACACCACACCACACACAGACAUACAGGGCAUUGGAUCGGAUUGGCGGCAUUGGCACACGUGUGUCGUGUCGAGUGGGGUUGUCUGUCUGACUGACUGACGUGUCGUCGCAUUUGCUGAUGAUUGAUGCGGUCUCUGGGGGGUUCUCGUACUCCUGUGCGUAGAGGUCCACCUUGAAGAGCUCGCCGCCGCCAGCGGUGAUGAUGCGGUACUUGUACCUGCAGUGCACUCACACGGACAUAUCGGUGUCUGUCUCUCUCUCUGCCUGUGUGCGGCUCACUCACUUGUGGCCGGGCAGCGCAGUGGGGAUGAACAUCUCCCACACGCCAUACUCGGCAAUCUUUCGCAAAGGGUGGGCACGCCCGUCCCUACACAAACCACCCCGGCCAUGCAUCCUAUGCACCGUCCCUUCCUCCCUCCCUCCCUCCGUCUCUCCCUCUCUCUGACCAUCCGUUCCAGUCGCCCACGACCGACACGUGCCUGGCCUCAGGGGCCCACACGCUGAAUCUCGUGCCCCACAGCCCGCUGCCGUCGAUGUCCAUGUAGUGGCUACCCAUCAGGUCGUCCACGUGCCAACACGACCCUGCAACCACACACACACACACACACACACGCGUCCAUGCAGCCAGCCACUGCACACGCCCCCUACCGCAAGCAACCCAGGCCCACCCACCCACAUACCCACCUGAUGCGAAUUUCCUGAGGUCUUCGGGUUUCUGCAUGAGGAGGUUCUUGAACGAGAAGGGGUCCCGGUACGGCAGCUCCGGCUCGCCACUGUAGGUGAUGAGGAACUCGUACUCGAAGUCAGGCGCCUCCCGCUCCUGCCCCUCCGGCGUCUUGGCCCUGAGGGUGCCUUCGAAGAGCCAAUCGGCCCGCUUGGUAAGCUCCAUGGGCUCGCUGUUGCCGGACGGGCCGUUGGUCAUGACGCAGGUGCUGCUGCUCGGGAGAGACCGCACACGCACUCGGUCGGCGUGGCCUAUCCAGGCCCGUAUGAUCUGUGGGUGGGUCGGGAUGAGAGACACAGACAUUGCAGUGGAGGGGCAAAUUGAUCGCGUGUCUGUCUGUCUGUCUGCCUUUUGUCUGUGCAGUGCAGUGUGUGGUUUGGUUUGGUUUGUGGAUAGUUACGUACGUAGUAGGUCCAUCCGUCCUCCUCUUUGUAGGGGUGACAGCCGAGGCACUCGUACGGGUCGGGACACAUGCCUGAACGAACCAAAACAGCGCCAACACAGCCAGCGACACAAUUGCCUGCCUGCCUGCCUGCCUGUUUGUCUGUGUGUCGUGUGUCGGCGUGUUUGUGCACACAUACCGGUGUGAAGCAGACCAAUCCAGUCGUCCUGCAUCGAGAUCUCACCUGAACACACACACACAUGCAUCCGCACACCGAUGCCAUCCACGUGGAGUCAGUCGUCUCCUCUGCCUUCUCUCCCUGUCCCACUCACUCGGCACAUGAUUGAGGGCCUCGAACGUCACGACACCGCUACCGCCACCAAGAGGCGGUUUCUUGGUCCUCUCCCCGCGCCCAUCCUCUCCCUCUCCCUCUUGCGCAAUGGCAGCAUGGCCAUGUGUGUGUGGCCUGUCGACAUACUCGCUCGUGGGACUGUCGUCCUUAUAGCCGGUCCCUGCCCGAGGACCUUUCUCGCUCACACUCACGCUCGUCGCCGUGUGCGUCGUCUCGGGCACGCUCUCCAUCGGCUCGGGGCGCUGGCCUGGGGUGGGCAACAGAGCGCUCAGCACACGAGCAGCAUCUCGCGUGUU